CUUCAGUCACCUGGCUACUGUGGUACUAGACGAGUGUGAAUGCGGUGCUGGUAUUAACAUUCUGCCGUAGGACAGAGAGUCGCAGACAUCCUAGCGAAAUGGACAAGCCAAAACUGUUCAGUCGCGACGGCGCGGCGUACACGGCGGUGGCAGAAGCCCAGAUUGCCGAGCUGUGGUCCAUCCUUAGUUGGCCCGAGGACCCACUGCCGGUGCUCGACGUCGGCUGCGGACCCGGCGACGUCACUAAGAAGGUCAUAGUUCCACGGCUGCCCCCUGGCACGAAGCUGGUGGCCUGCGACAUCAGCCCAGAGAUGCUGGAGUACUGCAGGCAGCACAACGCGCUUCCGGGCACCAUCACGUACGAGCCCUUCGACGUGAUGGACCCUCACGUGGAGCGCUCCACCGUUUGGAAGUACGCUCCCUAUGGCAAAGUGUUCGCCGUGAUGCUCAUGCACUGGGUUCCUGACAACAGGCGUGUUGUGCAGAAUAUGCACAAACUCCUGGCGCCAAGCGGAGAAGCUGUGUUUACAAUAAUAGCUAACAUGCCGUUAUUCGCUGCAUACGAAGAAAUGGUGAAAGAUCCACGCUGGACCCAGUACAUGGAGCGGGACCUGUAUAAGUUCAUAUCACCAUACCAGCACUGCGAGGACCCAGUCAGCGUGUUCUGUCAGCUGCUGAAGAGUGAGGGGUUCCAGGUUCUGCGCUGUGACGUGCGUCCGCAGAAGUUCGCCUUCCCAUCCGAACUGCAGCGCAGAGAUGCUCUAAAAUCAGUAAGUGCCUUCCUGAACCGCAUACCGGAAGAGCAAAAGGAGGAAUUUAUGGAAGACUGGAUACAGCACAUGGAGAAACUGGGGGGAUUAACGAAGGAUGCUGGGCCUGCUGGGGAGACCAAGUUCUACAUGCACUACAAUUCAAUGGUCGCCGUGGGCAAGAAGCUGUAGGAGGGAACCGUGACGGUAACUAGUGAUCCUGCGCCCCUGGCAGAACUGAAAAACCUGCGACCCCAUCCCACAGCAUGAAACCAUCUUUCUGUAAUUUUUUUCCACGCAGUCUUAACAAACUUUUUAAUUUUGUAAACAAAUGUGAUGCCAACGGCCUUGCCGCAGUGGUAACACUAGUUCCCCUCAGAUCAUCGAAGAUAAGCGCU